AUGGGUGAACAUGGAAGCCACGACAUGGUGAGCAAAGGGCUGCUGUCCCGAUAUGGAGAGGAGAGGAUGAAUUCAGUGACCUAUGAAGAUGUGCGCAUUGACUUCACUCAGGAUGAGUGGAUUUUGCUGAAUCCUUCCCAAAAGAGUCUCUACAAAGAUGUGAUGCUGGAGACAUACAGGAACCUCACGGCUAUUGGCUACAGUUGGGAAGACCAUAAUUUUGAAGAUCAUUGUCAAAGUGCUAGAAAACAUGGAAGGUAUGAAAGAAACCAUAAUGGAGAGAAAGCCUCUGAAUAUACUCAAUGUGAUAAAGCCUUUGCAUGUUAUAGUCAUCUUCAAAGGCAUGAAAAAAUUCAUUCUGCAGAGAAGCCAUAUGAUGGUGUUCAACAUGUUGAAGCCUUUGGAGCUUUUUCAAAAUGUGCUAACCUCCAAAUACACGAAAGAACACAUACUAAAGAUAAACCCUAUGAAUGUAAUCAUUGUGGUAAAGCCUUUGCACGUCAGUGUAGUCUCCAAGUACAUAAAAGAACACAUACUGGAGAGAAACCCUACACAUGUAAUCAAUGUGGUAAAGCCUUUUCACAGAACAGUAGUUUUCGGGUACAUAAAAGGACACAUACUGGAGAGAAGCCCUUUGAAUGUAAUCAGUGUGGUAAAGCCUUUUCACUGAAGAGUAGUCUUCGAGUACAUCAAAGGACACAUACUGGAGAGAAACCUUAUCAGUGUAAUCAAUGUGAUAAAGCUUUUGCGAGUCAUGGUGAGCUUCACAGACAUAAAAGAACACAUACUGGAGAGAAGCCCUUUGAAUGUGAUCAAUGUCAUAAAGCUUUUUCACAAAGCUGUAAACUCCAAAUACACAAAAGAACACAUACUGGAGAGAAACCCUAUGAAUGUAGUCAAUGUGGUAAAGCUUUUUCAUAUAUCAGUAGUCUCCAACUUCACAAAAGAACACAUACUGGAGAGAAACCAUAUGAAUGUAAUCAAUGUCAUAAAUCCUUUUCACAAAUCAGUAGUCUAAAAACACAUAAAAGACUUCAUACAGGAGAGAAACCCUAUAAAUGUGAUCAAUGUGGCAAAGCCUUUUCACGUCAAGGUAGUCUCCAAAUACAUAAAGGAACACAUACUAGAGAGACCUUAUUACUGUAA